GUGCGUGUGUGUGUGUGCGAUAGAGUGAGUGUGUGUCCUGGAAAAACCUUUAGGACAAUUUGCUUAAAUGAGGAAGUAACAAAAGCAGCGUCACAAGUGAUUUAUACACCUAUAUUUAUCUCUCUCUCACACACACAAACACAAACACACACACACACACACACAUGUCUCUCUUAGAUCAGCUCUGAAGUUCAAAGAUCAUUCAGAGAUCAGAGUGAGCGUGAAGUAGGAACUGCAGGCGUGUGUGAAAUCUAGCAGAGUGAUAGAGGGAAGAGCUUUGCAGCUGCACAGCUGCGCUGAAACCUGAGUUAAAGAUGUGUUCCACAGAUUCAGGAUGCUGCAGCCGAAUUCGUUCCUUCCCCAAACCACGAGGCUUUCUCGCCUCUGUCAUCACAAAAGGUCUGCUGGCUUUGCUGCUGCUUGGGGUUUGCUGGUCGGUGUUGGAGAAGGAGUGUGAGCCAGGACACAACAUAUUCGGUUUGGUGAUUCUGUUCCUGAGCGCAGUGUGUGGAGGGAAACUGUUGGGAUCAAUUACACUGCCAAACCUGCCCCCUAUACCACCCCUGCUGGGCAUGUUGCUGAUGGGUUUGGUGCUGCGUAAUGUCCCGUACGUGAACGAGGCCGUGUUUAUCGAUCAAAAAUGGUCUUCAUCACUGCGUAGCAUCGCUCUCGCCAUCAUCCUCACCCGAGCCGGACUCGGCCUGGACCCUGCUGCUCUGAGAAAGCUGAAGGCGGUGUGUUUGAGGGUGGCUGUGAUUCCCUGCACUGUUGAAGCCUGUACUGUUGCCGUGGUAUCUCACUUCCUCAUGGGCCUGCCGUGGAUUUGGGGCUUUAUUCUAGGGUUCGUGUUAUCUGCCGUCUCUCCUGCAGUCGUCGUUCCCUCCAUGCUGCUCCUGCAGGCUGAUGGUUUCGGGGUUCAGAAGGGAAUCCCGUCACUCCUCAUGGCAUCAGGAAGCUUUGACGACAUCCUCGCAAUUACCGGAUUCACCACCUGCCUCGGAAUGGCGUUCGGCACGGGCUCCACAUGGCUCAGUUUGGCAAAGGGACUGUUGGAGGUGGUGGUUGGGAUUUUAGCAGGAGGGAUUUUGGGUGUUCUCAUCCAUUUCUUCCCUAGUGAAGAUCAGGUUGAUCUGGUGUUGCGGCGCUCCUGCAUGUUGUUGGGUUUGUCCGUGUUCUGUGUGUUUGUGAGUCACGUGGCCGGGCUGGGCGGGGCCGGGGGGCUGAGCACACUUGUCCUCUCCUUCAUCGCUGGAAUGAGCUGGGACAAAAAAAAGGCUCCAGUAGCUGCUGUUGUUGGGAGGUUUUGGGACGUUUUUCAGCCUCUUCUCUUUGGACUGAUUGGAGCUGAAAUUACUAUUUCUGCACUCAGCCCUAACACUGUGGGUUUAGGAAUAGCUGCUCUCUGUGUCGGUGUUGUUGUUCGCGUGUGUGUGACGUUCACUGUUGUUCUGUUUGCUGGUUUUAACCUGAAGGAGAAAAUCUUCAUCUCUCUCGCAUGGUUACCUAAAGCUACAGUGCAGGCAGCCAUAGGUUCCACAGCCCUGGACAUGGCACGUAACCUAGGAGACGAGCAGCUGGAGCGUUAUGGGAUGGACGUGCUGACGGUGGCGGUGUUAGCCAUCAUGAUUACGGCUCCCAUUGGCGCGCUCGCUAUCGGAUUAGCUGGCCCCAAACUGCUGCAGAAAUACACUGAGAUAGAGGAGACAAACACACAAGAAAAAGCCGAAGAUGUUUCACCUCCAGAAAUACACGCACAGACACCUCAGGCUGUGGAGAGCAAACUAUAAACACACACACACACACACGCACACACACACACACACACACACAGCUUUACUCUUUGCUUUAAAAUCAAAUGAACAUUAUUUAUUAAAAUAUAAUUCUAAUGUAAUUUUAUUUAUGCGGAUUUAAUAAGAAAAAUAAAGACGUGCUGAGCUGUUA